CAGAGGAUACUUUACAGACCUGUAGGAUUUUUCAACCAGAUAACGGUAAACUCUGAACGGAUUCAAACUACAAACUCAUGCACUUUGGUGAAGUUUUUCACUGGAAUAUGUUCUAAGACAGCCGUAACUAUCUAGUCCACUGCUGAUGUCCCCUCUGAGCUGAACUGUCCUGUUGGAAAUGGAUCGGACUAAUAGGACUGGGGUUUAGCUAGCCAACAUUUGCACUACUAUGCUAAGGUGUGGCACAAAAUAAGAGGACGGUACCGGCUAUCAUCUGUGCGGACGAAGGCAACCGAGCACCGGAAUGACGGUAGCACUGUGUUGGUGUCUGCUGCUGUUUUGUCUGGAUGUGUCCAGACCGGAGCUCCCGGUGGCUCAGGCCGGUUCCGUACCCAGCGCCGGUAAAACUUUGGUGUGGGGACCGGGACUGGAGGCGAACAUCGUCCUCCCGGCUCGGUUCUUUUACAUCCAGACAGUAGACGGAUCCGGGAGGAAUUUAACAACAUCACCUGGUGAGAAGACGUUUGAGGUAAAGAUCGUGUCCCCGGUGGAGCAGUUCACCAGGAUUUGGAUCCAGGUCCUGGAUCGACAGGACGGAUCCUUUCUGGUUCGAUACAGGAUGUAUGCCAGCUACUCUGAGCUUCACAUCCACAUUAUGCUGAAGAACAAACAUGUGGCCAAGUCACCGUACGUUCUGGAAGGCCCGGUCUACCAUGAGGGCUGUAACUGUCCCCAGCCCAGCGGCGCCACAUGGGAGGAACACAUGAAAUGUCCCCAGUCCUUCCCACAGAUAGACAAGGACCUGUCUGUGUUUCCGAGUGUGGAUCCGGACCGUAACGCCCAGGAAAUCCCACAGCGCUUUGGACAGCGCCAGAGCCUCUGUCAUUACACAAUCAAAGACAAUAAGAUUUACGUCAAAACCUUUGGAGAACACGUCGGUUUCAGGAUCUUCAUGGACGCGAUCCUGCUGUCUCUCACCAGAAAGGUGUGGCUCCCUGAUAUGGAGUUCUUUGUAAAUCUCGGUGACUGGCCGUUGGAGAAGAGGAAACCCACAGAGAAGAUCCACCCUAUUUUCUCCUGGUGUGGAUCCAAUAACACCAGAGACAUCGUCAUGCCCACCUAUGACCUGACAGAGUCUGUACUGGAGACCAUGGGAAGAGUAAGUCUGGACAUGAUGUCGGUGCAGGCCAACACGGGUCCACCGUGGCCGCUGAAGAACGCCACCGCCUUCUGGAGGGGGCGGGACAGUCGUCAGGAGCGCCUGGAGCUGGUCAAACUGUCACGGGCUCAUCCCGAAAUGAUCGACGCCGCCUUCACCAACUUCUUCUUCUUCAAACACGAUGAAAGCCUGUACGGGCCGCUGGUCAAACACGUGUCUUUCUUUGACUUUUUCAAGUACAAGUACCAGAUCAACAUCGACGGCACGGUGGCGGCGUAUCGGCUGCCGUACCUUCUGGCCGGGGACAGCGUGGUCCUCAAACAGGACUCUGGGUACUACGAGCACUUCUACGACGAGCUGCGGCCCUGGGAACACUACAUUCCCAUCAGGGCCGACCUGGGAGACCUGCUGGAGAAGAUCCAAUGGGCCCGGGACCACGACGACCAGGUCAGGAAAAUCACACAGACGGCCCAACAGUUUGCACGGAAUCAUCUGAUGGGAGACAGUAUCUUCUGUUACCACUACAAACUGUUCCAGAAAUACGCCAAACUGCAGGUGACGGAGCCCAGAGUUCGUAAAGGCAUGGAGCUGGUGGAUCAGCCCACCGACGACCUGUUCCCAUGUUCCUGCCACAGGACCAGGACGCACACACAGAAAAAGGACGAACUCUGACCUGUGGGUCCGACACAGAGGACUGACCUCUGACCUUCUGCCAAAUAAUGAGUCCAAAUGGGAGUUUACUGUAUGAAUGUGGUGACAGUUAUGUAUGAAUGUGACAUGUUUGAACAUUUUUUAAAUAAAUGCUUUCCUUUUGUACGAUGAAAGUGUUUUCUUCGACUUUGUCUUAUUUUUAUUCACUAAAACUUCAACACAAAUAAAAGGAUGUUUCAGUUUUAUAAAUGCAGAGGUAAUUUUUUUAGUAUUUUGUUAUUUUGGUAGUUUAUAGUUUCAA